AUGUCCCUCGUCAACAACCUGCGUGUUGUGCCUCGGGAGGACCUUUUGGAGAGGUCCCUAAACACAGUUAAAGAACAGGCCGAGAUAGCACAGCGCGAGAGUGAACAGUUAUGUAUUUUAAUCUUCGGCCAUGGAGAUGAGGACUUGUCAGUGUUUAUUGGUGGUGUCGAGGGCCCUCAUAAAGGCCCCCCAACGCUCACCACGGGAAAUCUAAGCAGGCUGCUUCCUAAAGAUUUGGCACGACCCUUAAAUGUGACAGGCAUUACUGCAGCGAGCGACAAAGAUUUAUCCUAUUUUUGGCCCAUUAGCAAAAGCAUAGACCGUGCAAGCGGCGGUCUCGCCGCCUCUGUCAUUUUACAAUGCCUGAUUGACGCGGAAGAAGCCGCGGAAGAAGCAACAUUACAUCCCACCUAUGCCGCACUUAGCGAUUCAAUAUUCCAAACUGUGAAUGACAUGCAUUAUCUUGGACAAGAGCAGCAAAUGUAUUUCAGCGCGCAAAACGACGAAUGGGAGAUGAACUACCAGCGACGUCUUGGGCUUCCCUUUUCCUCGCUAGAAUUUCUUGCCAGAGAGUACUUUGCCGCCAAACCAGGCUUUGACAAUGCUGGACCUAAUAUAGCACUGCACAACCGACUCAGGGGUAUCCUCCGCGGGGAUUAUAAUUUAUCAGAAGACCAAAUCAGUCUCACAUUCGACUAUGUGACCUCCAGGCUUGGGCAAAUGCACGAGGCAGAAUAUCUCCGAGCCCAAAUGAGACUCGACUUUCCCUCGAUCUUCGAUGUAGACAUUUACGAGUGGAAGGUGGCUAACUGGUACACUGCGGAAGACAGAGAAAUCAAAGACGACCGCGAGAGGAGAACAUUUCGUUAUAUGGUGAAGGGACAUGUCGUUACGCAUCCUAUCGGUCGAGGUGUACCGUACACAAAGCCCAUGCAGUAUCUUACCCUUGCUCUCGCUGAGUCGGGACUACAAUGGGAAGAGAUCGAAAACAGGGUGAGGAAUGCAUGUUUGUAA